AUGGUUUUAAACGAAGGCGAUGCUGACGACAAAGCAAAGGUCAUGCAAUCUCUCCCGCUUCUCACUCUCCCAUAUCUGUAUCCUGAACCCUCCAUGAUCAGUUCCCCAAUUCAGCAAAAACGUAAAUCUCAACUUCAGCAAUUAAAGGGGAAAGGAAGUGCUGGAAAAACUCCAAAGAAAAAGGGCGAGAUUAUUGCCAAAAAGCUGGAAUGCUUAGUUAAUUAUGAUAGAGGAAGUAACUCAAGCAGGGGCAGAGCAUUGCCAAUGGUGGUCUCAGAUCAUAAGCCAAUUGUCCUAGAAAGUGGUGUUUGGUCAUCUGACCCCUCUUACUUCAAAUCUGAGAAUAUGUGGUUGAAACAAGAAGGGUUCCUUGACCCAGUGAAGCAAUGGUGGCAAAAAAUUGAAACUAUUAAGAAGGACUUGGCUAUCUGGAACAAUGAGGUCUUUGGCAAAUUAAGUACCAAGAUCAACAAUGUAUUGGAAGAGCUACAGAUGCUAGAGCAGGCUACUGAAGGGAGAGAACAAACUCUAGAUGUAAAUAACAACAUCCUGAGGUUGAAGGUGGAGAUUCAACAGCUAGCUAAGACUGAAGAAACUUCUUGGAGAAAUAAAUCUAGAUGUUUGUGGUUGAAAGAGGGUGACAGGAACACUAAGUACUUUCAAAGAAUAGCUAAUUCUAAUAGAAGUUACAACCACAUUGAUAGAUUACAGGUAGGUAAGGACAUCAUUAAAGACAAAGAGCAGGUGAAGGAGGCGAUUCUUGAUUUCUACCAAGAACUUUACACUGAAAAUGAAGACCGGAGGCUUACUGCCACCUUUGAAGGUCUAGGUUGUUUGAGCUCUGUUGAGAAAGAAGAAUUGGAAUAUGAUUUUGAAGAGGAGGAAGUUCGAUAUGCCAUCAAUUCUUGUGCACCUGAUAAGAGCCCAGGUCCUGAUGGCUUUAGUAUGGCGCUUUAUCAGAAGUGUUGGGACACUUUAAGGCUUGACAUAAUGGGAGCUCUUAGUCACUCCAUGCCAAUUUCCACAUGGUUAAAUCCUUUAAUGCAUCCUUUAUUUGCUUUUGUCCCCAAGAGAAAAGGUGCAAUUGAGCUCAAAGACUUCAGGCCAAUUAGACUGAUAGGUAGAGUCCACAAGAUCUUGGCAAAAGUACUUACAGAAAGGCUAAAGAAAGUGAUUGGAAAAGUAGUUUCAAGCUAUCAAAAUGCCUUCAUCAAAGGCCGGCAGAUCAUUAAUGCAGCUCGUAUUGCAAAUGAAGUGCUGGAUUGGAGGCACAAAAGUAGUGCUCCUGGACUUCUAUUCAAGAUGGACAUAGAGAAAGCCUUUGACAAACUCAAAUGGAAGUUCCUUGUCUCAAUUUUUUGGCAAAUGGGAUUUGGGAUGAAAUGGAUCAAGUACAGCUUCACUACUGUGAAGUAUUCUAUCUUGGUCAACAGAAGCCCUGUAGGUUUUUUCUCUCCUGAGAGAGGAAUAAGGCAAUGGGAUCCCUUAUCCCCUUUUCUCUUCAUACUGGCAAUGGAGGGACGUAGUAAAAUUGUUGAAAAGGCCAAGCAGUUACAAUGGAUAAAAGGUUUCAAGGCAGAGCUCCAGGUUCCCUAG